GAUUAAAAAAUGUUACUGUUACGUUACCAAUAAAAAAAUAGUAAUAAAAGUAAAAAUGUUUGAGUAUUUUGAGUAUUUGAGCUAACUUCACAGACGUGUAAUAAUUGGUGUAAAUUAUAUUAAAAAUUAAAUUCUUACAUAUGUAGAGAAAGGAAUAAUUGCUAUCAUAACUUAUGGAUUUAAUUGAUGAAAUAGGAAUUUGGGAUAGUGUAUUGCUUGAACCUUUAACUGAAGAGACAUUCAUUUCAAAUUUACGUUGUAGAUAUGACUCACAUAUGUUUUAUACAUAUUUGGGAAAUAUGCUUAUUGCAAUUAAUCCUAAUGUGGAAUUAAAUGAAAUAACUCCAUCAUUAUGUGAAGCAUAUAUGUCUCCAAGAUCAGGUCAAUUACCUCCACACAUUUUUGCUAUUACAAGCUCGGCAGUAAGGUGGCUAAUAGAUGCAGCUCAAGAUCAAUGUAUUAUAUUACAAGGCGUAACAGGAUCUGGCAAGAGCUAUUGUGUUUCCAAAUUAUUGCAGUAUUUAUUUCAGUUUAAUAGCAAAAACAAAAUAUUAAAUCAAAAACUUCUAAGUUCCAAUAUUUUGCUAAGUUCUUUUGGAAAUGCUAAAACUCAUAUUCAUGAAGAUGCUUCUUGUUUUAUAAAAUACAUUGAUCUGGAUUUAGACUUUAUGGGAAACAUUUUGGGUGCUACAUUUACAGGAUAUUUAUUGGAUAAAUCCAGGGUGACAUCAUUUAAGUCAUUGAAUAAGAAUUUCCACAUAUUUUAUCAACUUGUUUAUGGUGCUGAUAUUCAUUUGUUAAAGUCAUUGAAGCUUACAAGAAAUUCAGAAAAUUAUUUUUAUUUAAAAUCUAGUGAGCGUUUAAGGCAAGUUGAUAUUUAUAAUUUUCAAACUGCAUAUCAAACAACAAAGUCUUCUCUUGAACAUUUGGGACUCUCUGAAUUAAAUAUAAUCAACAUUUUCAAAAUAUUGAGUAGCAUAUUAAAAUUAGGUAAUCUCACUAUGAUACCAACUAAUAAUAUUGAUGGAACAGAAGGGUGUGUCAUAUCAAAUGAUUAUGAAUUGUAUGAAUUAGGAGAAUUAUUGGGUAUGGAUGGUGAAGAUAUUAAAAAAGGUUUGACAACAUCAUCAAAUUUAUUACUUGGAAUAUCUGCUAAAGAAGCUCAAGCUAACAAAGAUAAAUUAUCUCAGACAUUAUAUGUAAGAUUAUUUUUAUGGCUGAUGAACCAAAUAAAUCAAACAGUUAAAACUGAAGCAAAAUAUAAGCGUAAAUGUAUUGGAUUUUUGGAUAUUUUUGGUUUUGAUUUUACUGAAAAUAAAAUGGAUUGGUACAGUUUUGUAAUAAAUACUUGCAAUGAAAAAGUUCAUAAUAUAGUAACAUCUCUUAUAUUAAAAGGAGAACAGCAUGAAUAUGUUGUAGAUAAAUUACACUGGUGCCUUAUUCCAUUUUAUGACAAUACUUCAGUUUGUGAACUAUUAUAUUCGGAUGAAGAUGGAUACUUAAAUAUAAUGGAUAAUUUUUUUAAUGAUCACAAUAACGUAACAGCUUCAAAAAAAAUUUCUGCACUUAAACAAUUCUCCGAGUCUCCAUUAAAAGAAAAAAUUGAUGUUUUGUUAGAAAAAGUAUCUUUAAAUAACUGCUUUAUGUUAAAUCAUUUUUUUGGUCCAAUGAAAUACAAUAUUAGUACAUUUUUGGAAAAGAAUAAAAACACUUUAAGUCCUUUUUUAUGUAGUACUAUGUAUAAUGGUUCUCUCUCACUAUUAAAAGAACUGUUUCCUGAAGGAAAUCCAGACCGAGAAUCUAUAUUUAUGGUUUCAAACCCUGCUAGACAUUUGAAAGUUUGGGCUGCUGCUAUUUCUACAAAAAUUAAUGGUCGUCAUACACAUUAUAUUACAUGUUUAUCCCCUAACCAUUGCAAUAAAAAAAAUUUUUUUGAUACAUCUUUUGUCCAACAACAAAUUAGGUGGUUUAGUCUUGUGGAAAUUGUUCGUUUACGGCGUGCAGGUUAUUGUUAUCGUUUAACAUUUGAAGAAUUUUUAAAACGUUAUAAAAUGCUUAGUCCUGCUACAUGGCCCAAUUCUAAAUAUGGUAACACAGUUCAAUCCAUUAUGAAUUUAAUUAAUUGCUUACCAAUACCAUCUGGAGAAUUCGUUUGUGGUACAACUAAAAUUUUUAUACGUUCACCAAGAUCUGUAUGGGAAUUAGAACAAUUAAGAGCAGAGCGUUUAAAUCACUUAGCAUUAUUAGUGCAGGAAGCAUGGCAUAGACAUAAGCGAAAUAAAAAACUAUUUUUGAACCCAAAAAUAACAUUUCAAACAAAUAGACUUUGUGAUGAUAUUUAUACUGUAAAACGUAUUGUGAGAACAUUUCUAACUUGGCAAAAACGACGGUAUUUAUUGAAAUUGUCAAAUAGAUAUGAACCUUCAAUGGAAUCUCCUAUAUGUAGAGUUUGGUUUCCAUUAAGCAACCCUCGCUUUGCUCUUACACAUUAUCUGUUGGAAUCUUUACAUCACAAAUGGAGGUGCCAUAAGUAUAGAGCUAAACUAGAUCAAACAACAAAAAACCGUAUGCGGGAAAAAGUUACAGCUAGUAUUUUAUUUAAAAAUCAUAAAGCUAGUUAUAGCCAAAGUGUAGGACAUCCAUUUGUUGGUGAUUAUGUUCAUUUAAGACAGCAUAUACAGUGGAAAAGAACUGCUAUGCAAUGUGAUGAUCAUCAUGUUGUGUUUGCAGAUAUAGUAAAUAAAAUUACUAGGAGUAGUGGUAAAUUUGUACCCACUCUAUUGGUGAUAUCAACCAAGUCUAUGCUUAUUAUGGAUCAAAGAACACUUCAAGUUAAAUAUAGAGUGCCAGCUGCUGAUAUUUAUCAGCUGUCAUUAUCGCCAUUUUUAGAUAAUGUUGCUGUUUUUCAUGUAAAAUCUGCAUAUUCAAGCUCUCCUGAAAACGAUAAUAGCUUUAUAGGAGAAUCCCCUACUCCUAGUGGAUGUUUAUUUCAUCAAGGAACAAUUGUAAGCAACCCAUUGUAUAAUACCUAUAAAAAAAAAGGAGAUUUUGUUUUUCAAACAAGCCAUGUCAUAGAAAUAGUAACAAAAAUGUUUUUAGUAAUCCAAAAUGUUUCAGGAACAUCACCUAAUAUUAACAUAUCAACAAGGUUUGAAGCAAAUUUUGGUGAUCAGAUAGUUAGUAUAGCUUUUAAAUAUUUAGGAUUGCCAGAGGUUGUUCCAGGUCAAAUAAAAAUUGUGCGUAAAACAAAUAAAAUGGAGAUUUUUGUUUAAUAGUAUAAAUGUGUC